GCCAUAAAACAAACGAGUGGUUUAAAUUCAAGUGUCUUCCAUGAUCCAAGCUGCAAACGCCAUGGCUACUCAUCAGAGGAGACACCCCAGUGUCGCCGCCGAGCUGGAGGGCACGCUGCUCAUCUCCGGCGACCUCUUCCCCUACUUCCUCCUCGUCGCCCUCGAGGCCGGCGGCCCGCUCCGGGCCGCCGUCCUGCUCGCCGCGUACCCCGUCGCCGCCCUCCUCGGCGUCGCCCUGCCCGACGACGACCUCGCCGUCCGCGUCAUGACCUUCGUGUCCACCGCCGGCCUCUCCGUCGCCGACGUGGCGGCGGUGGCGAGGGCCACGCUGCCCAGGUUCUUCCUCGCCGACCUCAGCGACGCCGCGUUCCGGGCCUUCGCGCGCCGCGACGCCGCCGAGAGGUACGUCGUGACGCGGCUGCCGACGGCCAUGGUGGAGCCGUUCGUCCGGGAGUACGUCGCCGAGGGAGCCCGCGUCGUCGGGGCGGAGCUGCGGGUGGUCGGGGGGCGGUUCACCGGCGCGGCGGUGAACGGCGACCGGAGCUUGGGCGCUCUGCAAGCCGUUCUUGGGCGCGGCCGCCGGGUCAUCGACGUCGGGCUGUGCUCCGGCGACGGCGCGGCGAAGCGGCAGCCGGCGUUCAUGAAGAUAUGCCAGGAGCGCCACGUGGUGUCCACGCCGGAGAAGGCGCCGGCGGCGCCUCUUCCGAGGAGCGAGUACCUCCGGCCACUGAUCUUCCACGACGGCCGCCUCGUCGGCCGGCCGGACCCGCUGGCCUGCCUCGCCGUCGCGCUCUGGCUCCCACUCGGCGCCGCCCUCGCCGUGACACGCAUCCUCAUCGCCUUCUUGCCCUACAGCGUCGGCCUCCUCCUCGCCGCGGCCACCGGCUUCCAGAUAAGAGCGCACCUCGGCGGCGCGCCACCGCGGUGGCGAGGGGGCACGUUGUACGCGUGCAACCACCGGACGCUGCUGGACCCGGCGGUCCUCUCGACGGUGGUGCACCGGAAGGUGACCGCCGUGACGUACAGCCUCUCCGGCUUGUCGGAGAUGAUCGCGCCGAUCCCGACGGUGCGGCUGACGCGCGACCGCGGCAGGGACAGGGUGAUCAUGCAGUCCGUGCUCGCCGGCGGCGACCUCGCCGUCUGCCCGGAGGGCACCACGUGCCGGGAGCCGUACCUGCUCCGGUUCAGCCCCCUGUUCGCGGAGAUCGCCGGCGAGGUCACGCCGGUGGCCGUGCGGGCCGGCGGCGCCAUGUUCCACGGCACGACGGUUAGGGGGUACAAGGGGAUGGACUCCUUCUUCUUCCUCAUGAACCCGGCGCCGUGGUACCAUCUGCAGCUGCUCGACCCGGUGCCAUCCUCUUCUGCCGCCGCCGACGGUGAUGGCGGCGGUGACGGCGGCGGCGAGUCGAGCCGCGACGUGGCGAACCGCGUGCAGCGAGCGAUCGGCGACGCCCUCGGAUUCGAGUGCACGGCGCUGACGCGCAGGGACAAGUACCGGAUGAUCGCCGGCCACGACGGCGUCGACAUGCGCGGCAACGCCCGCCUCUAGCAUAUGCAACGGAAGCAGAUCCUCUCACAUGCAGUAAUUGGGUCACCGACAUGUGGGUCCCACUUUUGCUAUGGCCCAUAUGUCAGUGGCUCAACUGCGCUGUAGUAAAAUCAGAGGAUCUCUUUCCAUAUGCAACCUAUAUACAGCACGUCGCAUGUGAUAGCCUAAGAUAUUGUAACCUAGUACAAUGAAUCUGGUCGGACAAACGUAACCACCAGUCCAACUAAUCUGGAUAGAGCAUUAGCCCAGAAUCCGGAUUCGUAGAUAUGUCCUGUCCGAUAAUAUAUUGCUAUAUUUUAAGACUAAGAUAAUAAUUAUUAAGUUGUAAGCGUAUUAAAUAAA